AUGCAGUCGACCGUCUCACUUAAGGUGCCUUACAAAAACCUGGCACAUUGCUACGCGCCUAAAAACGCUUCUACAUCCGACGAAGUGGACAACGAACAGAGAGUCGAAGUGAUAUACGAAUCCACCUCUCAGCUCAAAUUGGACCGAUCAAAAAUUCCGCCGCCAAUUAGUUUCAACGACUUUGGUGCGCACAUUUACCGUCUAAACUCGGAGGCCGCCUUAUUGGAUGAAUUUCAGGCACUGGAUGUGCUUACAACGCAACAGGCUGUUGACUAUGGGCUGACCGCCGCCAUGGCCACCGUGGAGACAGAUCUGAACCGGUAUGCGGACAUGACGCCCUGUAAGUUCACUUACUGGUCUGACUAG